UUUAUAAUGCUUUAGUCGUCGUUCAAAGUCCAUUAAGACUCAACACCAAGUAUUUCAAAGGCUCGCAGCAGCAGCAGCCUCAAGGUAGUAGUAGAAGAAGAGGAAAAAGAUUGUAACUUUGAAGCAUAAGAAUGGAUCCGUGUCCUUUUGUACGGAUCCUGAUCGGUAAUUUGGCCCUGAAGUUUCCGGUUUCAACAAAGCCCUCGCUUUCAAGGAUCCAUCCCUGGAGUUCUACUUCUCCAUGUUACUUCAAGAUCAAACUCAAGAACUUCCCUCAUCAAGUGGGUUCUCUCCUUGUUAUUUGCAACAACAACAUCAGCCAGAACCCAGAGAGCUGCAAGGGUUCUUCGCAGAAAUCGCUCGCUGCGUGUUUCAGUUUAAGCAAGUCUGAGAUGGAUAAGAUUGUUUUAAAAGGGGGUUCAUCGUGUAAGCUUUCUAUCGAGGUUUAUGCCGAUCCUGAUGGAAGUACCUGUGGAUUGAUGUCCGGGAAGUUGUUGGGGAAGAUUUCGGUGCCGGUUGAUCUACGUGGAGCGGAAUCAAGGCCGUCUGUUGUUCAUAAUGGAUGGAUUGAUAUAGGCCAAAAUAGAAACAAGAAUGGAUCAUGUCCGCAGUUGUUUUUAACUGUCAGAACCGAACCAGACCCGAGAUUUGUGUUCCAGUUUGGUGGUGAACCUGAGUGUAGUCCUCAGGUUUUUCAGGUUCAAGGGAACGUUAAACAGGCAGUUUUCACUUGCAAGUUUGGUUUCAGAAGCUCCAGUGAUCGGAACUUGGGAUCAAGAUCAUCUUUGCCAGAAUCAAGCGCUUCAAGAAAUUGGCUACCAUCUCUGAAAAAAACAGAUAAAGAACAAUCAUCUAAAGAACGGAAAGGAUGGUCCAUUACAGUACAUGAUCUCUCAGGCUCUCCGGUAGCAAUGGCGUCAAUGGUGACCCCAUUUGUUCCAUCUCCCGGUUCGGACAAGGUGAGCCGUUCGAACCCAGGCGCAUGGUUAAUUCUCCGUCCAGAAUGUGGAACCUGGAAGCCCUGGGGUCGCCUUGAGGCCUGGCGUGAGUCUGGUUUCACUGACGCUCUCGGUUACCGAUUCGACCUCUUCCACGACGAUAUCGCCGCCACAGGCGCAACCAGCAUCGUCUCCAGCUCCACCCUCAGCACCAAACUUGGCGGAAAAUUCACCAUGGACAUGACAAAUAUCAUAUUAACCCCGUCUAUAAGUCCACAAAGCAGCUGUGACUUCGAGUCAGGGUCACGUCCCGGGUCAAGACCAGGAUCUGGAUCAGGUUCAGAUUUCGGGUUCGGCUUAUCCCCUUCCCCGCUCAGCUUGUACAGGGGUGGUGGGUUCGUAAUGUCAUCGACGGUGGAAGGAGUAGGGAACUGCAGUAAACCGGAAGUGGAAGUAGGGGUACAGCACGUGACAUGCACGGAGGAUGCCGCCGCGUUUGUGGCGUUGGCAGCGGCUAUGGAUCUGAGCAUGGAUGCUUGUCGAUCCUUCUCGCAGAAGUUGAGGAAAGAACUGAGACAACAAACUCAGAACUUGAUCGAUUAAUGGGGUUUUGUCGUUUCACAUUUUGUUUUUUUUUUCCCUUUUGGAUUGAGAUUCUUUCAACGGAUAGAGAGCUAACAGCAAUUUUAGAGCUCAAUGUAAACCAUUAGUUUUUGUACAGUGCGGAUUGACAAGGCAGCAACUUUGUGUUUUUUUUCA